AUGCGCCGCCUUUGCCAUGCUCUGCUGCUGCUGCUUUCGCAACGCCUGGCACGAUGCCCGCCGGCAUGCUGCCUGCUUCUGCCACUGCUCGUGCUUUGCCUUUGUUGCCUGCCUUUUCUGCGUCCGCUGCUCCUGCUGCUUCCGCACCUACUCCUCUUCCGACCGAUCUUUCAGCUUGUCCUCUGUCCCUUCGCGGGGAUCCAGAGGGCGCUCGGGCCCUUUUUGGGUCUGGGCCGGACGGCCGUGGUCCACCGAUUUCGGACCCGGCGUCCUUCCGCCCACCGCGCCCCGAUUCCUAUGGGCCGGUGGCUGGCCGCGGUGGAGCCUCGCUCCCCGAUGAGCCCGGAUGAGCCCAUGAGCGAGCAUCCGGGUGCACCCCAUGAUUCCGUCGCAACGAUUACCGCGGCGGGUCAUGGUGGUGCCGCCCCCGCCAUCGAUAACGGCGGGUGGCAUACCGGACCCUGUGCUGUCAGGGCCCUGGUCGAUGAAGCCAUUGGGUCGGAAGCAUCCGCGCGCAUCGCCACCGAUAUUCUGGCGAUCGCGCAGGGUGUGACCAAUACCCAAGCCGACCUCGAUAUACUGAGGAACGGCGUCUCGGAUAUCACCGAAGCGCUUGAGAGCAAGAUCCGAGACAUGUGGGAGCUUCUUCAGGCCGAAUUGAGGAAAGAGCGUGAGCUGUUCAUGCAGCUUCAGGACUCUUUCCGCGAGAGGCGGAUUUCUGAUCACGAGACGCUUGAAGAUCAUUUUGCGAAGCUCACCUCGACGAUCAAUGAUCGACUUAUUGAGUUCGAUGAGCGGAUCCAUCAGUUCAACGAAAAGCGUACUGGAUCGCUAUCCAUGCAGCUUGCCGAAACGAUCCGCCACAUCAAGCAGUACCCAGACGCGCUGCGGCAGAUUCAGAUCAAUAUUUCCAAUGCCGAAGCGCGCGUUGCUGCUGUGGAGCAGAAUGCUACUCACCGCAUCGAAGUCAUCAGAUCCGAGAUGAGUCCCGCUCUCUACGAUCAUAAGGAGAGUAACCGAGCUCAUAUCGAUCAGCUGACUGCUCGGAUCCAGCACCUCGAGAACGCUCAUGUCCGCAGAGGCGGUUCUGAUAGAUCGACGCCUUCGCGUCCGGAACGAACGCAGUUCUUCGAUAUCAGUGACCAUGGUAUUCCACGCCCCGCGGACCUGCCGCCAGUUCCAGGUGCUCUAUUCCCUGGCGGCGAGCGCAGCAACGAGUCGCCGACGAACAACCUGCCGAAAGCCGUUCCUUCCGCAAAUGCCGCCGGAGCGACUUCCGGUCAAGUCCGACCUUCCCAUGCCAAAUCUCCUAUGAUACUCGAACUGUCCCGGCUGGGAAGGGACCAUCACGAUGGUAUGAUGCGAUGCUUGGCCGGUCAAAUCUCAUUGGCAACAGUGCUGGCGCACCAAUUCUCCAUAGUGAGACCGGCACUUUUACCCUUGCACCGAACACGAGUGUUACUGCGACGCUUCAGCAUGAUGCAGCCAACGAUGCCAUGCCCCCAAUACCUACCUUCAACGCCAGAACGUUCGUUCCUGCACCCAGUGUCGCGCCAUCCGGAUUUGGUGGACCGCCGCCCGCGCAUAACGGAGGCGGCGGUUAUUCUGGUGGUGAUGGCCCCAACGAUAACGGGGGUGCAUAUGGCGGUGGUUUCGGUGGACAUGGACACCACGGGUCCGGCUUUGGCCCCGGUGGAGGUGGUGGCCCACCUGACGGCCCACCCGGUGGUCCGCCUGGUGGUGGUGGCCCCCCUGAUGGGAGUGGUCCGCCUGAUGGCGGCCUUGAUCCGCCUAGCAUCAGGCCAUCCGGUCGGCCGAGUGGGAGCGAUACAUUCCAGUGCGAACGCUGCACCGGAACUUUCCCGACCACUGUACGGCGAUCAUACUGGGAAUCCACCUGGUCCCAACGAUUCGGGAUUCGGUGGACCCAAGGGCGAUGGAUCGCUGAGCGAGGCCAAGAAGGCAAAGUGCAAGUCCUUUCGUCUCGAUCCCGAGCCGGAGCCUGCUCAGCUGCGACGCUGGAUCGUCGAUAUGAAAGAGCGAGUCGCGAACGCAUUCGCCUACGAUCCCGGAUACGCACUCUCAUGGGUUGAGAUUCCCGAUGGUACGCGAUAUGAGGAUCUCCUCGAUGAGUGCAAGUACGGAAUGCUUGAAAAUGAAUGCAACUCUGCGUUCCGCGAGUGCGUCCGAUCCAUUGCACUGAAGAAUAAGAUCCAGACCGAGACCGAGCGCAUGCAUACGAUAAACCGGCGACUCGGAAGUAGGCAGAUCUUGUGGCUACUGUAUGAUUUCCUUCGACCACACGUCACCGGCGAUUCGACUUUCAAGCUCGUUGACCUGAUGAAGACUACGAUUGAUCGGUUUACUCAUGGGUCCGAGCAGGAAAGGCUGGAAGCCUUCUCCAAUCGAUGGGAUCAUGUUCUCGCUGGUAUUUCAGUCGAUCGCCCCGAAGAUCCUGUUCUCUGCGCUCUCUUUUAUGAGCAGGUGCGUGAGUUCCGCUGUCUCGAGCUCGAUAUGCAGCUAUGGGACAGGGACGUAUCCGUACGGAACUACGCAUACUUGCGAACCGUCUGCGUCAAUGCGAUUACAACUUGGCGCCGACGACGCAAUCAGGAGAAGAUGUACACCGCUACAAGGUCUACUUCUGCGCAGAGACGAUACGCUGAAAGGGAGUCCGUACCGAAGGAGCUCGCCAAGACGCUCGUCACCCAGACGAUCCUCCCCGCGACGUGGAUCGCCAAGACGAUAUUCCCGCAGUCCGGGACGAGCAGCUCCCGCCCCGACUCGCCCGAUGUCGCGAUCCCCGCGAGGACGGGAAAUCUGCUACGAUUUCAAGAAAGGCAGAUGUACGCGAGGAAGCGGAUGCAAGUUCUCCCACAACCUGAAGGGAAGAAGCUCCUCGCCGAAGGGUUUCCCGCCCCGAUCGCAGUCACCGAUUUCAAAGGAGUCUGGUAUCUGCUUCUACUUUGCACGAGGCACUUGCUCGAGAGGAGACAAGCAAUGACAGCAUCCUCCAUUGGAGACUUCGCCUUCGCUUGCGUUGCAUCAUUCGAUAUGGCAUGUCCGUCAGUCAAGCGGAAGACAGUAUCGUUUGGGAAUACUGAGACCCGCGUGAUAGAGUCUUCUUUCCCGGAGCCAAACUUCGGUCCCGUCAAUCGUAAGAGGAAUUUGAACUAUUCGUGGCCGGAAGAUAUCCGUGGUCUGAAUAGUGCUCGCGAGAGGCGAAGGGCGCAUAUGAAGGCUGUGCUUUGGAGAGACCAGGUUUUGCUCGAUGACGUUGAUGCCAAAACGCUAGGUAAUGAUGCUUGUGUUCUUGAGCUCACGCUUUCUCAGCGGAGCGCUUGCGAGGUCUUUGCUGCUGCUGUCAAGUCUAUUAAGAGGGUCCGGAGACUUAUGCUCGACUCCGGUUGCGGUAUAGACCUUAUUGGUCUCGGUGAUCUGUCCCGCGAGGAAAGGGAUCUGAUAGUUCAGAAUGCUAAGAUCAGCCUUAGGACCGCCAAUGGAAAGACUAACACCAAAGGUGUUGCCCAUAUGCGCAUUGACGGCCUUGAUGAGCUGAUUGAAGCAUAUGUGCUGGAAAGCACACCAAGUCUUCUUUCCCUAGGGAAGCGAUGCAAGGAGCUUGGAUACCGAUUUAUCUGGGAACCAUUUUGCGAUCCGAUAUUCUUUGAUCCCAAAGGGAGACAACUCAAGAUUGAUGUUAUCAAUAACAUCCCCUACCUCGCUCCGAGUGAAACCGAGGUAGUGGCGGGUCGACCUGAUCUCCCUCGUGUGUAUCCGGCACUCCCAGCACCGAUCAUUAUUCACGAGAAAAUCGUGGCCGCGGGCGAAGAACCUGUGGGCGAGCUAGAUGAUAUCGGAGAGCUCGAUCUUGAUAUGCCUGGUGUUAAGAGUGCCCAGAAGGGUGCACCUGACGAUGUCAAGAAGGAUUUGAGAAAUUUGGCGAGCACGUCACCAUCGAUACUAUCAAUGGUGUUGCACGGGCUUGGCAAUCGCGGGAAUAAUGGGGAAACAGAUGCUGUUGUCUUCUACGAUCUAGCAACUGAGUGGUUAGAGAGUGUUCCCGUCAAAGGGCGGACGAAUGCCGACACGCUUCGAGCGUUCCAGCAGGUCUUCGGCGACCUUAAGGAUGUGAACUCGUUCUCCAUGGAUGUGGAGAGAAGGUACGCACCUUCUGCGAUCCGGGAAAUCUAUUGUGAUAAAGCCCGUGAGUUCAUAUCGACCUGCAAAAGAGUCGGCAUCUCUGUAAAGCAUUCCACUCCUGGCAUGCCUCGCACUAAUGCCAUUGCCGAGAGUAAGGUGAAGCUUGUCCUUCAUGGCGCACGAGUGGCGCUUCGACAAGCGGGCCUGAGCGCCAAAUUCUGGCCUUAUGCGUGUAAGCAUUUUUUUCAUGCUCGCAACAUCGAGUUACGCGAGGGACAAAGUGCGUAUUCGCUACGAUUUGAUGGUGCCGAAUUUGACGGUCAGAUUCUCCCAUUCGGGUGUCUUGUGGACUUCUAUCCCACGCCAGCACGGAAACAAACCCGGCGUAGUCAGAAGGAUGAAGUCGUACUUGGCGAUGGUGAGGAAUAUGCCGUACCUGCGCCUGGAGAUGAUGGAUUGGUCGAAGUCGAAGUUGGAUUCGAUGAUGAUGGUUAUCUCGAGUGGAUUGACGAUGGUGAUGGCGAUCG